GCCCGCCUCAAGGUCCAGCUCCAUAACAGAACUCGUCUCGAAGACCUUAACCAAACCAACACACCGCAACCCAUACAAUCUACGCAAUGCAAACCCGCUCGACGCUAGGUUCUUGCAUCGUUAACGGCCGCCGUCGCAGUGGUCGCUUCCGCGACGCUACAUCCUCGGCCUCGGAACCCUCUUCCUCCCCAUCGCGCUCGAGAAAGUCUACUCCCCCAUUAACUCCGCCAAAUGAAGCCGAUGUGAGAGUAGGCGGAAAGCGCAAGCGUGCGAAGUCUGAAGGAGACCGCGACGAACGUCCCCGCAAGAAGCAAGACCCGAAGAAAGACGUUCCGGAGCAACAGGGCGAAGAGAAGGAGCAGGAAGAGCAGAAGGAUCGCAUAGUCGAGGAAUUCGAGUCCGUGCUACCCCGUGUAAGGCGACGCGAGUCGUCUUCACUGAAUGGCGAGCUGAGGGGGUCGGGCGAGCUAACAGAUGACGGCCGUGUAUAG